CCCCACGGUGUUGUCCCUCAACCUGCUUCUUCACUGGGCGAAGCUUCACUCCAACAUCUUUGAUCAUUCAGGAUUUCGGUUUCUACUCCAAUUGCGGCGACGGCGGCAAUGUCUCUGUCGAGAUAAGUCAUCAGUUGUUGCGUACGUAAUCCAGCUAGACAUUUGCGAUUUAUGCUCUUCAAGGACACCCUGAUUUUUUAUGAUCGCAAUCUAUAGACAAGCUAGAGCCUUUCCCCUUAUACUGCGCGAUAGACCUCCUUGUGUUGCCCGGCUCCAUUACCCUACAACCAUUCGUAUCUCCCAGAAAAAUUACUUCCACCGAACUCGCAUCCUCGCGAAAGGAAACAUGGCCGAGAUCGAAGCUGCCAAAAAGGCGGCCGCUCUCGAAGCUGUGAAGAACCACUUCCCCCCGAACCCGCGCUUCGUGGGCAUCGGCUCCGGAACAACCAUCGUCUACGUGGUGGAAGCGAUCAAAACCUGCGGCGUGGACGUCUCAAGGGUCGGCUUUGUGCCAACAGGAUACCAGUCCAAACAACUUAUCAUAAACGCGGGUUUGGUGCCAAUUGAGUUCGAUGCUCUGCCGGACGAUGUCAUGAUUGACAUCAAUUUCGACGGAGCAGAUGAGGUGGACGAGGAGCUGAACUGCAUCAAGGGUGGAGGUGCGUGUUUGUACCAGGAGAAGCUGGUGGCUAUGAGGUCAAAACAGUUUGUUUGUGUCGCCGACUACCGCAAGCUCCAGCGCCGUCUAGUCACUAAAUGGCCUACGAUUCCCAUAGAGGUCGAACCAAAAGCCGCCCGGCAGGUCAUGAAGAGGCUUCGAAUGCUCGGUAGUCGCAAUGCAGCAGGCGUAGGUCCGAUGAUCAGAGAAGGCCAUCUCGCGAAAGCGGGCCCUGUCAAGACGGACCAAGACUUCUUCAUCGUCGACGCUCCUUUCCCUAAUCCACUCCUGAUCGCCGAAGACCUCACACCAGAAAGACCGGGCGAUGGUGAAAAUGGAUACUGGGAGGUGGAACAGCUCGCUCGAGCUAUCAAGGACAUCAACGGUGUGCUUGCCGUGGGCCUUUUCUGUGGUCCUACCGGUCCCGAGGCCGAGGCAGCUGGUGUAAUUGGCGGCCAGAGACCGGUUGCUUGCUAUUUCGGCAUGGCCGACGGCACUGUGUCGGUGCGAGCAGCUCGACAUAAGCGGGACUCCAUCAUUGCCAAAUACCCACCGUUAGUCCCUGUGCAUAGCUCUGACCCCAUCGUUGUGGGUGCCGCAACUUAAUAGACUUGGUCGGUAACGGAGGCAUAUCAUGAAUGUCGUCCCAGGUGUACUUGGCCUGCAUCAAACUCAUUUUGCCUUUCUCUUGACCUCAUUCUCGCCGAGCUCGCGAAUGAAAAUCCCGACAGACCCUUCCGUAACUUC